UAUUUCAGAUACAGAAUGAAGCCGUUAAUGAUGCACGGGCACGAGAGGUCAAUCACCCAGAUCAAGUAUAACCUCGACGGAGACCUGCUUUUCAGCUGCGCUAAAGAUCAUCACCCUAACGUGUGGUACUCCGUGAACGGAGAGAGGCUUGGUACCUACGACGGGCAUAGCGGCGCCGUCUGGUGUCUGGAUCCUAAAUGGGAUAACUCGCAUCUUGUUACAGGUGCUGCCGACAACAGCUGUCGUCUGUGGGAUAUACAGACCGGUCAACAGAUUGGAAUAAUUGAAACCAAAUCAGCUGUCAGGACAUGUAAUUUCUCAUACAGUGGAAACAUGGUUUGCUUCACUACAGACAAGCAGAUGGGUUACCCAUGCGAGAUUAAUGUUGUGGACGCCAGGGUGUUUAACACUGAUAAUCCCGUCUUCAAGAUCCCGAUCCCUGCAAACGGACCUAAGGUCAGCUCCAUGAUCUGGAGUGGAUUGGACAGCUACUUGUUGACCGGACACGACAACGGAGAUCUAGUUCAGUGGGAUGUAAAGGCACAGAACAAGCUUAAAGUUGUGUCCGUCCACGGCAAGUCGAUUGCUGAUAUGCAGAGCAGCAGGGACGAGAAGAUGUUCAUCACAGCUUCAAAGGACACCUCUUCGAUUUUGUGGGAUGCUGACACCCUGGAGGUGUUGAAAACCUACAAGACGGAGAGACCUGUCAACUCCGCCUCCAUCAGUCCUCUCUUCGAGCACGUCGUGCUGGGUGGAGGUCAGGACGCCAUGGACGUGACUACUACCUCAACCAGGAUCGGAAAGUUCGACGCUCGAUUCUUCCACAUGGUGUUCGAGGAGGAGUUUGGUCGAGUCAAGGGGCAUUUCGGUCCGAUAAACUCUGUUCAGUUCCGACCUGACGGUAAAGGAUAUGCUAGCGGGGGCGAGGACGGUUAUGUUAGAGUUCACCAAUUUGACGACGCGUACUUUGAUUUCAAGUUCGACUUCUAGACGCCACGAGAGUCCAGUGUUAAAAAUGAACUCUGAAUCACGAAGAUGGGGGCACCUUGGUUUGGGCUCCCCCUGUUACACCAAGGUGCCCCUGUAUAACGGCGGUGUUUGGAUCUUGAUAAAGUAUUGUACGAAGUGAUGUAUUUAUAAACAAAAUAUAAAUUGUAAUUAUGAA